GCACUUGAAGAGCAAUGAGAUUUGAACGCCGUAAUCAAAAACUCAGAGCCACCCACCUACAAAAGAACCCCAUACGUUCAACGCCGUUGACGCUGCUCGACGACAUCGUUCUUUGUCCAAACACGUUAAGUUCGUUAAGUGGACACCAAACGAGUCCCAGAAGUGACCCCCGUUCGUCGUUUUGCAGCAAUAUGGCCGAUUUAGAUGAUUUCUUUGCAAAGAAAGACAAAAAAAAGUCGAAGAAACCAAAGUUCUUGACUGCUGAAGAAUUGGUUAAGAACCUGGAGGAAUCGUCCAAACGCGAAGUGGUAAAAGUCAAGAAGCCUGAAACCACAGUUCCACCAGUAGCUGCAGCUGCACCACCAGAGGGCGGCGAGGCAGUAGAAGACAAAACUGUCGUCGUUGAACAAACUCAAGAAGAUGAGUGGAAGGAAAUUGAAGAGGAACAACGCAAGGAUUAUUCUGGUUUGAAAAUCGGCCAAUUGACGUUGAAUGACGAUGAUGAAUCGAGCGGUUCUGAGGGUCAAGAUGAAGAUGGUGAAAGUGAAGGAGGCACUGUUAACAGCGAAACAGGUAAAAAGAGCGGCAGUGGCGUCUGGAAGAAAGUCAUACCAGCUGAAGAGGUUACACAAAUACCUAUGGAAAUGCCUGCAAAACCCAAAACCUAUGUGUCUCCGGCUUUGAGAGCAGCAGCAGCGCAAGGCACUGGCAUAAAAGCCAAAGUGCGCUCGAAAGUUGCCCCUGAUAUUACAAACGCCGACUACUUCCCUACCCUGGGAGCCGCUAGGCCUGAGGAACAACGUAAAAAGAAAAAUGAACCCGCAUUUGAAGAAGUACGUCACGGUGGUCGUGUGCAAAGGGUAAAGGAACAAUCUGCGGCCCCUACUAAGGCCACAAACCGUUUCCAAUCGCUGGACGAAGCCGAAAGCUAAGACACACACACGCAUGUAACACCUUAAAACACACAUUCAAGAACAAUACAUGGGGAAAGAUAAUAUAAAUAAGCCUUUUGUGGAACUGCCUCUCUACAAAUCAAUUUUGCUUUGAUUUAUGUCAAAUGAACAGAAACCCCUCCUAAACCAACUGUCAUCCAGAAGAGCCGUAUCCUUUCCCCUCCAAUUUCAGUUUUCUAUUUUUGCCAUUCUUUUUUAUAUGAAGAAAAAAUAACGCUUUCAAACAAACAAAAACAUUUGUUGUGUUAAUAUCACUACCACCACCCGCCUUUCGUUUAUACCGAAGAGUGUAGCCAUCAGUCAGUAAAGCUCCUUUGGAUGAUUUAUUUAAGAAAAUAUCCUGUUUUUUUUUCGUUCCUUUUGUAAACACCACAUACCCGAAGUCCUUUUUUUGUAUUUUUACAAUUUUUAUUUUUUUCUUUUCUAAUUUUUGUAUCAUGAUAAAGAAAAUAAACAAAAUGAACGUUAAAAUUCUGUAAAGAAGAGAAACGGGUAAAUAAAAAAAAAACAGAAAACAAAAA